AUGCAUUCCAUUCUCAAGACUAUCCUUCUGGGUGCUGCCCUCGCCGCAACGACCCCUAUCUUCCACAACACCACCCUCAACCAGCGAAGCACCGUGAGCUUCCCACCAAACUCGAUCAACGGUACCCACCCGACCAACAGCACCGAGCGGUUCGGCCCAGGCGACGACAGGGCCUGGCAGGUGAUCGAGGAAGUGAUCGCAAGGCUCUACGGCCACCCGAAAUACGGCAAUGUGACCGCGCCGACCAACGGGACCGCACCGACCAACGGGACCGCACCGACCAACGGGACCGCACCGGCCAACGGAACCGUACCGGCGAGCGGAGCCCGACCGGGCAGCUUCGCCCAAGAGUGGCCGUGGUCUAGGUGCAACCCCGACGCCUACAAGGAUUGCGUGUCCAGCGGCGGCGAGUUUUGCGAGGGCAAGCUGGAGAAGUACGUCCGGUGCCGCAUCGACUACAGGGUCUUCAGGCUUAUAGGAAUUCAGCGCCCGGAAGAAGCCAUCGUGUUCGGCGACGGCGAGGCCCUCCUCGACGGCAAGGUUAUCCGCAACAUCAAGGACAGCGCAUGGAACGACGAUGCCUAG